AUGUCUGGAAAUGUCACGACUCUCGUGGCCACCUUGUUCUUCAAGCCUGGUCCCGGUGAAAUAACCGUCUUCCACCCCGAGGCAUACGAGGCAAUGGAUGGCCUUCAAAACCGCAAUACCCGAUCCGAUUGGUACGACCUACUUUAUCCACGCAUAUCAUCGAUUUUUACUCGGGACAAAAAACUUCAUAAUGAACGGCGGAAAAUGUGGGAGCAGGCUUUAAGUACCAAGGCCCUACAGCAAUACCACCGAAGAGUUAUAGAAAAGGUCCACACACUGGAAGAUCUUGUCGCCAUGGAAGAAUCAAACCCAGUACUAGUAAAUGACUUGAUGUAUUUUUUCGCAUUCGACUCAAUGGGUGAUUUCGCCUUCAGUGAGGACUUCGGCAUGAUGCGUACCAGAAAGUGGCAUUCAUCUAUUGUGAUUCUAAGAUCAGCCCUCACAAUGCUGGGACCAUUCAGUCCCGCCAUUUGGAUUCCGAGGCUUGGAUUUGCUUUUAUACCUGGGUUGUGGAAAGUUCGUGAUUGGUUCCAUAUGCUUGAAUUUUGUGAUCAGUGUAUGGCUCGACGGAUGAAGAAAGUACUUUCUGAUCGGGAUAUUGCCUCUUGGUUCAUUGAAGACUAUAAAAAGCAUGGAUCAGACCCUACCCGAACGCGAUGGUUGAGUGGUGAUACUGCUACACUAGUCGUAGCUGGCAGCGACACAACUGCCCCGAGCCUAACACUUCUAUUCUACUUUCUCGCCCGAUACCCUGACCACGCCGAGAAAAUCCAUGAAGAACUACAAGAGGUCAACAUAGAAGACCCAGCACUGCUAUCAACCCUCCCCCACCUGAACGGAAUGAUAAAUGAAGCAAUGCGCCUCCUCCCAGCCGUCCUAACAUUCAGCUCUCGUGUAUCACCACCGGAAGGCCUAAUAAUUCACGGAACAUUCAUCCCAGGAAACACGAAAGUCUGUGCGCCACGGUAUACAAUUGGUCGACUCGAGACAGCGUAUGUCAACCCCCACGACUUCAUUCCGGAGCGGUGGUACAGCCGACCAGAGCUGAUUAAGGACAAGAGGGCUUUUGCUCCUUUUGGUAUUGGUAAGCUUCUGCGACGUAUUGGAGGCUAG